CGCCUGCCGGAGCUUAGCAGCAGAACAGAGCAGAGCAGAGCAGAGAAGAGCAGAGGGAAGCAGUGCUCGCGUGGGAGCUACCUACCCACCGGGAGAGAAAAAGGGAGUGAGAGCAGGCGCGGGAGGGAGAAAAGAAGGAAGCAAGCUAGGAAGUAAGGACUGCGCGCACGGGGCCGGGGCCGGGGCCGCGGGGCACUGGAGCUGAGUGACCUGCGGCGGCUGCAGCUGCAGGAGUAGCAAAGGGGACACCGCCCCCGUCCCCCUCCCCCUGCCCCCGCCCCCUCCCCCGCUUCAUCUCCCUUGCCGAUCACCUUUGAUUUUUGCUCCCUCGAGGGGGCUGCGUUCGAGGACUUGUCACUGUGAAGUGUCGCCAUGUCUGACCGGAAGGCAGUGAUCAAGAACGCAGACAUGUCUGAGGACAUGCAGCAGGAUGCGGUUGACUGUGCAACGCAGGCUAUGGAGAAGUACAACAUAGAGAAAGACAUUGCUGCCUAUAUCAAGAAGGAAUUCGACAAGAAAUAUAAUCCCACGUGGCAUUGUAUCGUGGGCCGAAAUUUUGGCAGCUACGUCACACACGAGACAAAGCACUUCAUCUAUUUUUACUUGGGUCAAGUUGCAAUCCUUCUCUUCAAGUCCGGCUAGGUGGCGCAGUGGUGGCGGUGGCCGCGGUGGUGGAGGCGGGCAGCGGUGGUGGCAGGCGGAGCUGGGACUGUUAUGCACUGAAGGCUGGCACCAGGAUUUCCUCUCCAAUGGCUGUGCUACUGCAUGGAUUGUAUACUCGACUUCAUGUGUAUAUGUUGCAGUAAAAAAAAAAAAAAACAAAAAACAAAAAACCUACUUCUGUUUAGUUGCCUGGGGAAGAAGGCUGCUUUCUGUUGUUUAAUUAAAAAAUACACUCCCCCCCCUUGGUUGUAUUGCACUAGGAAAUCUCUCUCAAAACAAAUUCUCUCAUCCCCCUCAAAAAGUUUAAAAAGGAGAAGCAAACCCCCCCACCCCCAGGAUUUUGGAGUGCUCAACUUAAUUCUUCCCAGUGGUGGAUGCCUUCUUUGAAAGGCUUAAGGAAAGCUAGGGGGUGGGGGAUGAUGUGUUAGGUUUGGGAUGGGGGGGGAGGGAUCAAGGAAAGGGGAGAUUUGUUCCCCUCUAAUGUGAAUCCAAGUGUUCUUGGAUUGUGACUUGGGUAGGGGAAGAGGGCAAGGGGUUGAGAUCCUCUACAGAGGCCCUGGAAGCUCUAUGUUGUGGGUUUGGGGGGGGUGGGGCAGAGACUUGUCUUGCUGUCUUCAUUAGUGCUUAAGGGAGUGUCUAAGAGGUGUGUAUGUGUGUGUGUCUUUGUGGAUUUGGUGCAUUAGGCUAUUUUUUUUUUCCUGCUGGUGCUCAGAUUGGGAGGAUGCUAGGGACAAGAUUAUUCCAUUUUCUCUCAUUCCGUAUCCCCAAUCUGGCCAAGUCCAACUCAUUAACUCUUUUUCCACUUCCUUGGAAGAGCCCCCUUAGAAUAGCCUCCCUGUUGGCUGGUGGGCCAGGGAAUUUCCAGUGACUUGGAUUGGGUCUGAACCUUCCUCCUUUCUGUAUUUGAGGAGUCUUUGAGAGACAGAAUGUGUGUGUGUCUGUGUGUGUCUGUGUUUGUAGAGGGGCACAGUUGAAGAUGAUUGUGGGGUAGCUGAGUGAUCUGGGCACAGUAUCGCUUUAGCUCUUCAACAACCUACUCCAGGAGAUAACUGCUGGGCUCCAGCAGAGACUUGACAAAAGGAUGCCCACCAACAACUGCUUGUACGACUAGGGAAGUCUUGGCCUCUGUUAUCCUUGGAACCAGUUCUCAGUUGUAGACUAGGGAGGAUGUGACUUGGUGAAAUAUGGAACCCCUGGCUGGGUGCAUGACAGUGUUUAAGGGCUGGGAGAGCAGGGCUUGUGGCUUUUGUGGAUGUGUUAAAUGAUUUUUGGGGGGGAACUCCUAUGGGAACUACUCUUGCAGCAUAGAUGUAGAGGAAAAAAUCCUGAAGGAAGCAAGGGAACCACUCUGAUGGGAGGGGACAGAGGGCUUUAGACUAGGAGAAUGAAGGCUUAAAGAGGACAAAGUUGGUCCUCUGUAGAAUUGAAGCGGGAGUGGGAAAGCUAAUGCCUUGAACUGCUGAUUUCCUAUGUCUUGUCCAAAAUACCGUUUGGGGUGGGGUAGAUGUUGGGGAAUUAAGGGAUGAAUAAAGCUCAUUUUUUCAAGCUUAAGUCCUGGCAGAAUGGGCUACCCUUCCCCCAAGUCUUCUGUGCUUUCCACCUUUCUUUACAAUGCUAGAGGAAACCUGCAUUGGGGGGGUGGGGGUGGGGGGCUGGGCAGUGAUAGGCUGUUCCUUGUAUUAUAAACUGGGCAGUGAAGGAUGUGCUGUCUGUAAUAAAUUGCUUGGAUAUUAGAUUUUUUUUUAAAUAAAUGUUUGAGUUUGUGUUGUCUUCCCCUCCCCCUCCCUCUCCCACUCUUCCUUGACUUGUAAGGCCAAUUGAAAGUGUCUGGUUUGUGUUCAUCUCUUUUUUUUGUCUUUAUUCUCUUUGGAGCAGGGGUGGCUGCCCCCCUUCCUCAUCCCCCUUGCUCUGCCUCCAUUCCUCUCUUGGACAUUAAAAGUUGAUUGAUGCACUUCAAA